AUGGCCACCAAUAAUUACUUCGGGUUUCCGCACGGUGCCACACAGUAUGGCACAACGGCCACUGGGACGGGUUAUCAAACUCCACAGACGGGAUAUGCAGUAGCACCGGCACCGACACCGGCCGCAGGUACCUACGGAACAGCUCGUCCGGCAGGAUACGACCAAGCGUACCAAUCCACAGCAACGCCUGGAACAUACGCCACUACGGCAACGGCAGCAACAUACGAUUACGGGUACGGGCGUACGACGCAGACGUACGAUACCUCGAAAACCUACUACCAGCAGGCGGCGGGUGCAACGGCCGGCUACACUGCACCGAAUGCAUACGACGCGGCACCGAAGGUGAUCACUGGAUUUCAACCGGCCCAGCCGACUGCAUAUGCUCCGCAACCUGCCCGGGCCACCCUUCAGCCAGCAAAGGCAGCUCCGCAAUACCAGACCACUCAACAGCAGCCAGUUGCCCCGCCGGCUCAGGCGUACGUGCCGACACAAACGGCUGGCUAUUCCCAAACGGUUACCACGGUGCAUUCGACGCCCAAAUCGGCAACCGUUGCUGGUUCCGUGGUACCGAAUAACUCCACCACUUACCCAAGCUACGACGCUGCGCUGUACAGUGCUACCAUGUACGUUGCGCAGCAGCAGCAACCACCGCCACCGAAUACGAAAGCACCCGGGAAUGUGCCCGGUGCUGCUGCUACUGUCGGUGGUGUAAUGACGGGCGCACCGGGACCGGGUGGACCUGCCGUUAUUACAAGUGGCCCGGUGCCGACUGGUGGUCCGUGGCAAAAUUACAAAAGUCCUAAGGGUAUGCAUGGCCAUGGCCAUGGGAACGCACCUUACAAGGCGCGGAAACCAGCGCCGAAACCGCUGCUGAUACACUACUGUGAUGUGUGUAAAAUUAGUUGUGCGGGACCGCAAACCUAUCGAGAACAUCUUGAAGGCCAGAAACACAAGAAACGUGAGCUGUUACUGAAACAGGCUGCCGAACCCGGUGGUACCUCGUCUGCCCGGCCACCGAACAGUUUGCAUUGCGAGCUGUGCGGUGUAACAUGCACCGGCAACGAUGCAUACGCGGCGCACGUGCGUGGUGCCAAGCAUCAGAAGGUAGUAAAUCUGCACACCAGGCUUGGUAAGCCCAUUCCCGCUUGUGACCCGACACCGAAUGUGGACGGAGAAAAGAAGGAAGGUGCUACCGGCGAGACAUCAGAUACGGGUGGGGCGAGCGGAAGUGGUAACGCGGCGAUAGGUAAUAACAGUAUGGAAUCGUCGGAAGAAUCCGUCCGACCUGUGGGUAGCGAAUUUAUCGAAGAAAUCAAGGAUGACGACGGAAAGUUGGUUAGCUUUAGCUGUAAGCUAUGCGAGUGCAAGUUCAACGAUCCGAACGCGAAGGAAAUGCACAUGAAAGGACGACGCCACCGGUUGCAGUAUAAGAAAAAGGUGCAGCCGGACCUGGUGGUUGAUAUAAAGCCGACCGUGAAGCAAAAGAAAAUUGCAGAAGCUCGUGCUCACCGACAGGCGAUGCAAGAGGAGUUCUGGAACCGCCGUCGUAUGGCCGAUGCGGAAAUGGAAGAAGAUCACGGUAUGCGGACGUUUGGGCGUCAUCCGUUCUUUGGAAUGCUGCCCGGACGGCGUCCGGAAUCGUCCGACGAUCGACAUGUGGUUGCACGUCAUGCUGAAAUUUAUCCCAAGGAGGAGGAAUUGCAAACCAUCCAGCGUAUUGUUUCGCACACAGAGCGUGCUUUGAAGCUGGUUUCGGACGUGAUGACCUCCGGUGGUGGUGGAGCAGGUUCUGCUGUUCAGCCAGUAGCUUCGACUUCUGCAUCUGCCGGUACCUCCAGCGAUCCGCAAAAUGAACAAACGAAUGAUCAACCCAAGGAGCAGGAGAUUCAAUCGCAGCAACCUUCGACAUCUGCUGGUAACGGUGGGAAGUCGAAUCAAGCUAAUCAGAUGAUAUCCUUCCACAAAGAAACCGAGGGAACCACGAUCCGUCUGCUGAAAGGCGUAAUGAGGGUGGGUUUGCUUGCUAAAGGUUUGCUCCUACACGGUGAUAACUGCGUACAGCUGGUGGUAUUGUGUGCAGAGAAACCAACAACAUCGCUAUUGAAACGGGUUGCAACCGAGCUGCCAAUACAGCUGAAGAAAAUUGCUGAAGAUCAUCGUUAUACGGUAACGAUGGCUCCCGUAGAAGGGGCCGUGCUCGUCACCGAUGGCACGAUUACGGUUAAAAUAUCUCUCACAUCUCCGUUGCUGCGUGAAGCUAAUGCACCUUCAGCGGAGCAGGCUGCUCAGAAUACCGAAGAUCUGCUGCCACGCGAGCCCUGUCUGCAGGCGCUAGCUGCACUGCGUCAUGCAAAAUGGUUCCAGGCUAGAGCAACGGGACUGCAAUCGUGUGUGAUGAUAAUGCGUAUUAUGCGCGACCUGUGCCAACGGAUACCCGUCUGGAGUAACAUCAGUCAAUGGGCAAUGGAGUUGCUGCUUGAAAAGAUCAUUUCAUCCGCAGGUGAAGUUCUGACACCGGGUGAAUGUUUACGCCGCGUCAUGGAAGCGAUGUCUUCAUCAAUCCUUCUCAAUGGUCCAGGAUUGUUGGAUCCAUGCGAAAAAGAACCGGAAGACACGCUGGCUGGUCUGAGCAAGCAGCAGCGGGAGGAUAUCACUAAUUCGGCGCAGACCUUCAUGCGAUGGAUCGCCUUUCGGCAGAUUUACAAAGUGCUAGGCAUCUUGCCCCUCCCACCACCAAAGUUUGCUGGCAGCCGCAACUGGCGUUUCAAUCGCAAACGCCGACGCUCGGGCACAGAAGGCAACGAUAGUGAAGCUGACGGUUGCAAAAUGCUAAAGAAAGAAGAAUCGGUAGCUUCUGCCUCAAAUGCAACUGCUUCAACUAAUGCCGCUCCGAUGAAAAUGGAACCAUCCAAGUAA